UCCGCUGGAUAUUUAUUGUCCCACCUUUGAAACUUCACUCGGGAUAAUAUUUAACAGAAAAGUCGCUGCCUGCGCACACCUUCCCUCCGCGCGCGACUCUGUGGAUGGAGUAGAGAUUUACUUCACCCAAAAAGCGCACGACAAAUAUGGCUUCCUUAGUUGCUAAAGUGAUCCUCGGACUCUUCGGGCUUACGGUGGUCGUCGUCUUGAUUGCGGUGCCCACGGCCAUAUUUUUGAACAACAAAGAUGCAGACCAAACAAACAAGAGGUUGUUCACCCUGGAAGACGUCUUCAACAGCUCACUGAGCCCAAAGUCCUUCAACAUGAGGUGGAUCUCAGAUUAUGAGUAUCUGCAUAAAACAAAUGGGACAGUCUUCCGAUACAAUGCCAGUAACGGCCAAUCUUCAGAGUUCAUACAAAGUGCAACUUUUAAACAAGUUGGUGCCUAUGAUUACCUGCUGUCUGCAGAUCACAGAUAUGUUGCCUUCAUGAGCAACUAUUCGAAGGUGUGGCGCCACUCGUUUAGAGCUUCAUAUUCUCUGUAUGACCUGGAAAAAUCAGAAUUUGUCAGUGGCUCAGACAUUCCUCCUGACAUCCAGUAUUUUGCCUGGGCUCCGGAAGGGACCAAACUGGCUUUUGUUUGGUCCAACAAUGUGUAUGUGAUGAACAGCCCCGAUAGUCAACCACAGCAAGUCACUAACACUGGAAAGGAGAACAAAGUCUUCAACGGCAUCCCAGACUGGGUGUAUGAGGAGGAGAUGUUUUCAUCCAGUCGGGGUCUCUGGUGGUCACCCAGCGGACAAUUUGUGGCUUUUGCUGAGUUCAACGAUAAAGGUGUCCACACUAUAGAGUACUCCUGGUAUGGGGAAGAUCAGUACCCAAGAACUGUUGUCAUCCCUUAUCCAAAGCCAGGUACUCCAAAUCCCAUUGUUAAGCUGUUUGUAGUGAACACAACUAAUUUAACGGACAUUACAGAAGUCGUUGUUCCAAGAGAGAUUGGCUCAAGUGACCAUUAUUUAGCCACUGUUACGUGGGUGACAGAUCAGCGCAUUGCCGUUCAGUGGCUGAAUAGAAUGCAAAACCACCUCAUCCUGCAGAUCUACAAUUUCAACAUGUCCAGCUGGACUCCUGACGAGAUGCAUGAAGAAAAGAGCACCGCAUGGAUAGGACGGUUCUCACCUCCACCACCAGUUUUUGCUGCUGACAAGAAGAGCUACUACCUGCUGAUGAGCAACACCAAAGGAUACAAACACAUUCAUCAUGUGACUAAGGGUGUGGCAAUGGCAAUCACUGAGGGAGAAUGGGAAGUUAUUAGCAUCCUGAAAGUAACUGAAGAUGCUGUAUAUUAUUCCAGUAACCAAGAUGGAGAAAGGCCAGGAGGAAGGAAUGUUUACAAGUACCUACUAGCAGAAAACAAGGCCAAAUGUCUAACUUGUGAGAUAGACAAGGAAAACUGUCAGUAUAAUUCUGCCGACUUCAGCCACAAUUCAUCAUUCUAUCAUCUGCACUGCAGAGGUCCUGGCAUUCCGUACUAUUCUCUGAUGGAUAACGUUAACUCUACAGAGGUGAAAGUUCUGGAAGACAAUAAUAUCUUUCGCAGCCGGAUAUCUGAGAUCCAAAUGCCGACUGUGCAACGUGGCACCAUCAGACUGGGACAAUACGAUCUUUGGUACCAGAUGGUUUUGCCUCCAGGUUUUGUUGAAUCCAAGAAGUACCCCUUACUGAUAGAUGUGUACGGCGGCCCUUGUAGUCAGGAAGUGAAUUAUCUCUACAGAGUAAGUUGGUCCACCUAUCUGGCCAGCACUGAGAAAAUCAUCGUCGCCAGUUUUGAUGGAAGAGGAAGUGGUUACCGAGGCGACAAGUUAAUGCAUGAAAUCUACAAACGCCUGGGAACCUAUGAGGUGGAAGAUCAGAUAACAGCAGCCAGGGAAUUCAUUAGAUGGUCUUACAUUGAUGAAGAAAGAGUUGCUAUUUGGGGCUGGUCCUAUGGUGGAUAUGUAACAUCGAUGGUACUGGGAGCUGGAACUGGAGUUUUUAAGUGUGGAAUUGCAGUUGCUCCAGUCUCAAAGUGGGAAUAUUAUGAUUCCAUCUACACUGAGCGCUACAUGACUGAGCCUUCACAAAAUGCUCUGUUCUACAGUAAUUCAACAGUAAUGGAGAGGGCCAUGAAUUUUCACUCAGUGCAAUAUCUUCUGGUUCAUGGAACAGCGGAUGACAAUGUUCAUUUUCAGCAGGCAGCACAAAUCUCCAAAGCUUUAGUCGACGAGCAGGUGGACUUUGAGGCAAUGUGGUACACCGAUGAGGAUCACGGUCUGGGCGGCUCGGCCCAUCAACACGUCUACACUCACAUGAGCCGCUUUCUGCUGAAGUGCUUUGCAUAAAUCUCACGGCUCUCCGAGAUCUACAUCUCCUCAUGUGACC